UUAAGCGUAAUUUGUUUUGUUAUUCUAAGUUUUGUUUUGUGUUUUCGUUUAUUAUUUUCCUUCUUUUCUGUGAAAAAUUAAAACUCGAUUUAAGGCAACAGAGAUAUCACCAGUCAAAACUAAGAAAAAAAUCGAUACUCAGCCUUUUGGGGAAAAGAUUAUGAGAAAUUUGACUUACUAAAACCCACUCAGUGGCCAUCUUCGAGAACGAAUGUCCCGGGAUCUCUAAAGGAAGGCACCGGUACUGUACUGGGCUUCUGCACGAAAUUGGGAGACAGGAGAGGGAGACGUUCGGGACGGGAUCUGAUGAACAAUAUACCUGCAGUUUUAAUAUAAAAAUAAUCACGUGAUGUUACUAUGGUACAGCAGAUCCAAGCCGCAUGGGUAACUUUGUGUGAACCACGUGACAUAAAUGUGGCAACGCGACCUGAAUGAUCAUCACAUCAAGAGCUCCACCCACUAAACAGAUAGCAUGGUGGUGGUGCUGAAUGGCGUGCUGGCUGACGAGUGCCCGACUUCGGUGCGGGCGCUGUUAGCCGCGCACCCUGGCUAUAGGGAUGCGGCCGCCCAGCUUCUAGCCGCAGCGCCCAGGGUGGUCGGCCCGCAAGGACUGCUAUAUGUAGCCCAGAGGGAACUUGCUUCGGCUGUGCCACAUGACAAAAACGUCAGUAUCAUAGGCUCUGACGACGCUACAUCAUGUAUUAUAGUAGUCGUGAGACAUUCAGGUUCUGGUGCAGUAGCGCUGGCACAUCUGGACGGGUCGGGCACUGGCGAGGCGGCGGCGGCCCUGGUAGCGCGCGCACUGCACCUCGCAGCCGGCUACCCCGAGGGUCGGCUCGAGCUCCAGCUCGUCGGCGGCUUCACCGACCCACAUAGAUACUCUGAUGAACUCUUCGCUAAUAUCAUGUUAUCAUUCCACCGUUUGUCCGAGGAGAUUGAUCUGACGAUGGCUUGUUGCUGCGAGUUGAACACCGCGCUGGGCGGAGGCGCGGGCUCGCCUCUGGUGACAGGCGUGGGAGUUGACGUCCGCGCGGGAGACCUCUUCCCCGCGACCUUCCCCGACAAGGGUCCUGAGCUGCCGCUGCGAGCCGCCAGGACUAUCACUGGAGGACCUAACUCUGCACAGGUUUUGGACAUCUACGACAACGGAGUGGGCAUGUUGCGUAUCGGGCCGUUCAACUACGACCCGCUGCGCGGCGCCGACCUGUGGCUGGAGCAGACUGACGACUUCAUACUGAAGCACCUCAGCACCACGCCCAACGCGGAGCCCCCGCACUUCGUGCACCACAUCCGUGUGACGCUGAAGUUCAUCCAGACGCACCCGUUCCCCGCAGUGACGGUGUUCCCCGACAACCGGCCGCACUUCUACCGCCGCGACGACCAGACCGGCCUCUGGGCGCCCAUGCGCUACUAGCCACGCCGACACAAUGUCACGCUGUCACACGGUCACACUGUCGCACGUCAAACGGUCCCACUGUCGCGUCAUACGGUCACACGGUCAAAUUUCCACACUGUUACGUUGACCCACUGACGCGUUGUCAUAGGUCACAAUGUUACUUGGUCACAAUGACCCACUUAGCGCUAUCACACUAUAGCGUUGACUGCCUAACGCAGCGCGUUUCGAUAACACUGCGCUUUUCAUAGGAUCGUUUGACUUGUGACACUGUCACUCUGUCACACUGUCAUUCUGUCACACUCCGAACAAAACUGCGCACUUUUCUGGUAAAUUUGCAAAGAGCAAAUUUACCUUGCGGUCAAUUUUGACAGAAAAUAUAAAACCGAUUUAAUAAUAGAAAAUACAAAAAUGACAACACAAGUACAGGUUACGAAGUUAUAGGACCCGUGGCAUAAGUGACAUUAAAUUAUGAUAGCUCAUUAGCCCUCUAUUUAUGCCAUUUUCUAUCCAUGUAGGUUUUUAAACAUUUUCUAACAUAACCUAUAGCCGUGCUUUUUUAUUGUUCUAAACUACCUUAUUGGAUUGGAGAGAAAUAUAUUGUGACAGUUUUUUUAUUAAUAAGAGGGCACUAACGAGCUGUCAUAAUUUAGUUUGACUAGACACAGAAUUGACAAGACUCUAAAAAAUGACUAGACUAAGUUGAUUUUUGGUAACAAACCAGAUAAAAAUGUAACACUAUAACAAAUCGAUUUUGGUUGAUAUGACAGAAUUUUCUAAAGUUUCAAUAAUUGCAUUUCUAAUUGUAAAAAACAUUUAAAAACAUAAACAUUUAAAUAGUAUGCGAAAAAACAUUUAGCUAAUGUAAAAUUAAGAUUACGGCUUUUUUUAACCGUUACCGUUGUUAAUUUUUUUGUGUUGCCAUUAGCAGCUUAAAUGACAAUUUAUGACAUAUCUUAGUUAGUGAUUAAAUUCUAAUUACAGGAAAACUUCAAUUUUAGUUAUAUGAAACUGUUAUUAUGCAAACCUGAUUUAAACAUUGCUGUGUUGCCAGAUAUCAGUUUGUAGUCUCUCUAGAUAUACACUCUGCUUUAAACUGAAUUCUGUAACUAUUUUAUUUAGUUUUUUUAAAGGCCUU